GUUUACGGCUGGGACGAGAAGACGGUUAUACAUUUUGCUAUGCAGAAACUGACAGGGUUAGCUAAGACUUGGUUUGAGAGCCUUAAUACAAUUUUGUUUUCAUGGGAUGAAUGGCAAACUAAAUUGGCUAACGCGUUUCCAUCAGAACAAAAUUACGGUCAGUUACUUGAAGACAUGUUGAAACGUAGGAGUAAGUACCAAGAAUCCAUUGAAAUUUACUUUUACGAAAAAUUAGCGUUAUUAAACCAAUGCGAAAUUACGGGUAGGCGGGCAGUUGACUGCCUUAUUCAUGGCAUAGGUGAUAGGACCAUGCGAUCCAGUGCUUUGGCUUUACGAUGUGAGGAACCCGAUCAGCUUCUCAAAUUUCUAUUAAGUAAUAAUAAAGAAUCAUCCGUAAAUUUUUCAUUGCCUAAGGAUAGGAGCGUAGCUGGGACUGAUGAUAAGACGUCUAGUAAAGCCGGCGCGAAAGUAAAUCCUAACAUAUUUUGUUAUAAUUGCAAGGAGAAAGGGCACAUUUAUUCUCGCUGUCCUAAGCCUUUAGUUAAAUGUAGUACGUGUCAAAAGGUGGGCCACAAACCAGAGAUGUGUAAGCUAAAGUCAGAUUCUGGUUCGACAAAGGCUGACACUGUACCCAGAGUUAUGCGCAUAUACGGAUCUAACCCAUCCGACAAAUUUCGAAAAUCAGUACAAGUUAAUGGUGAGACAAUGGGAGCUUUUGUCGACCUAGGAAGCGAAGUCACUCUUAUACGAGAAUCCAGUUUCUCUCGUCUUGGGCUUUCUCAUGAUUGCGUUCCUAGUACGAUGAUAGGGUUCGGUGAUAAGCUUGUGCAGUCUUUAGGAUCGGCAGAGUUGACAAUAACAAUUGAUGGCGUGUCCGCCACCGUUAUGUGUAGGGUAGUUAAUGAUAGUCUUCUUGAGAAGUCGAUGCUCAUAGGUCAGACUUACUCUGAGCAACCACAUAUUGUGGUUUACAAAGAUGCAAAUAAGUUGCAAUUUCUACACAUAGGUACAGAGCUUCCUAACUUACAAGAGCGUGUUGACGAGAAGUUAGAGAGAGUAAGAAUUGUAGCACGUAACAAGAUAUAUGGGGUAGCUAGCGUAAGAGCCGCCACUGGGACAGAGUUUAGUGGCAGCGUUGUGUUAAAUACUAAAGUGGUAGGGAAACCCCAAGAUCAGUAUGUAGUUUGUGGCGGGGUUUAUGAGGUGAAGCAGGGUAACCUUUUUGUAAUGGUUAUGCCCUGUGCGUCGUCUUGUCACCUACAAGAAAACUUUGUGUUUGCGCGAGCGGAACGUGUAGAGGCGGUGUAUAGGCUGUCGGAUAUAGGUACAACAGUAUGUCAGUACAAAAAUGAAAUAACUGUAGAGGAAGCCGCGUCAUCACCGUUUGAUGAGAAACAACUCCACAUAGGUAGAAAUGUUACCGAAGAUGAUAAAAAUAAGCUCGUUAAACUUCUCAAUCGUUACGGAGAUUGCUUUGCUUCUGACUUGUCCAGCCUAGGUUGCACUAAUACGACUGAAAUGAACAUAGAGUUAAACAGUGAGCGGCCGGUCGUAUAUAGACCCUACAGACUGUCACAUCAUGAACGUGAGAAGGUCCGUGCGAUGAUAGAUGAUAUGUUACAAGCCGGUAUAAUCAGAGAAUCCGUAUCUAAUUACGCUAGUCCUAUUAUACUCGUCCGAAAGAAGGACGGAGGAGUCAGACUUUGCGUCGAUUACAGAUUACUUAAUUCGAUAACCGUCAAGGAACGCUACCCAAUACCGGUGAUAGAAGACGAGAUCGCUCGUCUGGCCGGCCAGUCAUGGUUCAUCACGUUGGAUCUGAUGUCCGGGUACUAUCAAGUACCAAUUGCAGAAGGUAGUAAGCAUUUGACAGCGUUCGUCACGCCGGAUGGCCAAUACGAAUAUAACCGUAUGCCGUUCGGCCUGGCGAACGCGCCAGCGGUGUUCCAACGUAUGAUGAACCGUGUGCUGGGAUCGGCCAGAUUCGAUAAAGCUACCGUAUAUAUUGACGACCUGUUAAUUUUUGGCAAUACCUCCGCGGAAUGUUUAAGUAGGUUAGAAGAAGUCCUUUUGUCGCUCAAAAAGGCUAAUCUGAAGCUUAACUUAUCGAAAUGCAGUUUUCUACAAAACGAAAUCAAUUACUUAGGAAGGUUUUGUUUAGACAGAGGCAUCAAACAUGUUCUGAACGCAGUGGCCAGCCCGAGAGCAAAUGGCCAAGUCGAGCGAUACAAUAGAACGAUCCUCGACUCGCUGACAGCUCAGGGCCUUGGAACGGAUGAGAGAGAAUGGGACAGGGAAUUAGGGAAAAUUCAGUGGGGACUAAACAAUACAGUGCAGAAGACGAUCGGUCGAGUGCUAGAAGACGCGGAAAUGGUUGGCGUGCUUAGCUUGGCCUGA